AUGUUUACAAUGUUCCAGAAGCCCAAGAUCUUCAAGCUACGGACCCUGCACAGCCAGAAGAAGUUUGGGGUGGCAGGCAGGAGCUGUAAGGAAGUGUUGCGGAAAGGAUGCCGUCAGUUCCAGCUCCCCGAGUCGGGCUGCCGUCUGUGCCUGUAUGAGGAUGGCACGGAGCUGACCACUGACUACUUCCCCAGCGUCCCGGACAACUCAGAACUUGUGCUGCUCACUGCUGGCCAGAGCUGGCAGGGCUAUGCCAGUGACAUCGACCGCUUCCUUAGCGCGUUCCACAAGCCCCACGCCGGCCUCAUCCAGGCGGCCCGGCAGCUGCUCUCUGACGAGCAGUCCCCGCUGCGGCAGAGGCUGCUGGCUGAUCUCCUGCACAACAUCAGCGAGAACAUUGUGGCCGAGACCAGGGCUGACGACCAGCAGUGGUUUGAGGGUUUGGAGUCUCGAUUUAGGAACAAGUCCAGCUAUUUGAGAUACAGCUGUGAGAGCCGGAUCCGGAGUUACCUGAGAGAGGUGGCGUCAUAUGCCUCCAUGGUGGGCGCCACGGCCCAGGAAGAGUACGCGAGGAUCCUCGACUGCAUGGGCCGGAAGCUCAAGUCCGCGCAGUACCACGGCAGUUACUUUGACAGAGGGGCCCAGGCAGACGACCGCCUCUGCACACCUGAGGGCUGGUUCUCCUGCCAGGGUCCUUUCGACAUGGACGCCUGUUUGUCAAAACACUCCAUCAACCCUUACAGCAACCGAGAGAGCAGGAUUCUCUUCAGCACCUGGAACCUGGAUCACAUAAUAGAAAAGAAACGCACUGUUGUCCCAACGCUGGCCGAAGCGAUUAAAGAACAGGACGGCCGGGAAGUAGACUGGGAGUACUUUUACAGCCUGCUGUUUACCAUGGAGAAUCUAAAGUUGGUGCACAUUGCCUGCCAUAAGAAAACCACCCACAAUCUCAGCUGUGAUCCCAACAGGAUCUACAGACCCAAGGCCAGGUUGAAGAAGAAGCGAGCUGUCCGGAAACGCACGUGA